UCAAUUUAGUCUCCCAUGGCUUUCUUCUUCUUCUUCUUCUUCUUCUUCUUCUUACUCUUUUCCUCUCUCUUCGUCUCUUCUCUCUUUCUCUUUUUCCGCUCCGUCACAUUCCGCCGAGUGCGCCUGCCUCCGGGAACUCUCGGCCUCCCCUUAAUCGGGGAGACCCUUCAACUCAUCUCCGCCUACAAGACUGAGAACCCCGAACCCUUCAUCGACGAGCGGGUCCGCCGCUUCGGACCGGUUUUUACUACUCAUUUGUUUGGCGAGCCGACUAUUUUCUCGGCCGACUUGGAGACGAACCGGUUCAUUCUUCAGAAUGAGGAGAAGCUUUUUGAAUGUAGCUACCCCGGUUCCAUUUCCAACUUGCUUGGGAACCAUUCUUUGUUGCUUAUGAAAGGGAGUUUGCACAAAAGAAUGCAUUCUUUGACUAUGAGCUUUGCCAAUUCGUCCAUUAUUCGCGACCGUCUUUUGGUCGAUGUGGACCGGUUGAUUCGGCUCAACUUGCAGUCCUGGACCGGCCGGAUCUUCCUCUUGGAGGAGGCCAAAAAGAUAACGUUUGAGUUAGCCGUGAAGCAAUUGAUGAGCUUUGAUCGGUGUGAAUGGACACAAAAUCUGAUGAAGGAAUAUCUUCUGGUCAUUGAAGGCUUUUUUACCGUCCCUCUCCCUCUCUUUUCCACCACUUACCGUGGAGCCAUUCAGGCUCGGAGGAAGGUGGCGGAGCAAUUGGGGUUGGGGACGGUGGUGCGGCAGCGGAGAAAAGAGAGGGAGGGUGGAGUGAAGAAGAAGGACAUGCUAGGAGCGUUGCUGGCCGGAGAAAACUCCCUCUCCGAUGAGCAAAUAGUAGAUUUCUUAUUGGCUCUAUUGGUGGCGGGGUAUGAAACGACGUCAACUACCAUGACGCUGGCCGUCAAGUUUCUGACGGAGACGCCACUGGCUUUAGCCCAAUUACAGGAAGAGCAGGAGAAAAUCAAAGGAAGGAAGAAGGAAUCAGAGCAACAUCUCCUCCAAUGGAAUGAUUACAAGUCCAUGCCUUUCACCCAAUGUGUUGUAAAUGAAACAUUGAGAGUUGGCAACAUAAUCAGUGGAGUUUUUAGGAGAGCUGUCACAGAUGUGAAUAUCAAAGGUGGUUAUACAAUUCCAAAGGGAUGCAGGGUUUUUGCAUCGUUUCGUGCAGUUCAUAUGAACCAUCAUCAUUUCGACGAUGCUCGCUCCUUCAACCCAUGGAGAUGGCAGCAACAGAACAGCUUGGGGUCAACCACAAAUGCAUUUACACCAUUCGGAGGAGGUCCGAGGUUAUGCCCGGGUUACGAGCUUGCCAGAGUAGAACUCUCUGUUUUCCUUCAUCAUCUUGUUACGCAAUUCAGAUGGGUUCCAGCAGAAGAUGAUAAGUUGGUGUUUUUCCCAACUACAAGAACACAGAAACGCUAUCCUAUCUACGUCACCCGUAAGGACGAAACAACACAAUGUAAAGACACUCAAACAGUACAGCCAGCCAAUGAAUCACUUCUCUCGGCGGCCACUUCCCAAGAGCACCAAUUUUCUAGCCAAUCAAAAUCAAACACUGCCUUCUACCCACAUAUCUUCUGGUCAGAUGAUCUCCUGGCUUCAAAAUUCAGAGGAUUUGAGUUGAAUAUGUGCAGUAUGUGGGGUUAGGCUUCUUUACAGAAAGUCAGUCAGACAACAAUUGCAAUUGCAUUGCACAUACUCAAAUACAGAUAAGAUAUCAGCAUCGGUUCGCUUCCUUGCUUUUGAUUGUAGAUUCAACUAGUUUAACCUUUUUGGCAUUCUCGGCAUUGAGAAGGGAGAGUUUCUCAAGCGACGAUUUGAGUUGGGAGAUCUGAGAGCCUUGAACACAGGUGUUUCUCCUGUGAAUUUUGUGCUGUUGGUUUACUAGAUUGUUGUUCUUUGAAGAAUUGGUGUACCUCCUUAGUCUUGCAGUUAGUGUAUCGAUUGAAGUAUGCAAAGCAUCCACCUCCACACCUGUAAAGUGGUCUGGAUGGCAACAAAGUAUUAUUUUGUUAUAAUAUGAAAUUUAUGAACUCAACUCCAUAUUUGGGUUGCUUCAUUUUCAGGCAAAUCUAAAAGUUCGAAGUUCAUAAUGCA